CCCAUCGAACGCAAGGAAGGCCAGUGUUGAUACCGAGUUAGCGGCUUCGCGCGUAUCGUAAUCUACGAACGCCUAGAGCCAGAUGUCGUUGUUGUCCCGGUACCGGUCGCCGUGUGCGGGAGUCAUUAGCUUAGCCGUUGUCGACGAACGUUUGUCCUGCCGUUCCGUUACACGGGCUGAGCACUGAAGUGUCCUGCUGGCGGAAUUGUACGCUCCGGAACUGUACGGCAGUUCUUGUUCCGCUCUUCCGUUGUAUCUGUUUUGUUGUUUUGAUUUUGACUUAGUGUUUAUGUUAUUUAUUUUUCCGUCUGCGAUUACACCUAGCCCGCGAGUAACGUUCGCAGUGACACACAAAUCAAUAUUUGGAGGCAAAGGACUCGCAAGUCAAUUGUGCAGAGAUAAGAAGGGAAAACGUACCGAGCAAGUGAAGUGGAAAGUGCCAUGAGAUCAUAUUGAAAAAUCAGGUGAUGAGUGCCGGAUCCUUGUUUUCCGAAUGUUCAGGCGAGGCUCGCGUUCGGGGGAGUGAGUGCUUCUGAGUCCUGGCUGGCUACCUUUCCGUUGGGGUUGCUCCCUCCUGAUGUACAGUGUCUGCAUUUUAAACUCGAUGAGGCUGGUGAAAUCCUGAAGUAACAAAAAAGUGUUUGAGGUGAUUACGCUCGAAAUCGGAAAGAUUCAAGUGCCCCGGGUGAGGGCGGAUUGAUUUCCGCCGGUGGAUAUGUGCUGUUACUCGGAGAUCAUAAAAAGUGUAUGGUGCGGGUGAUUGCAUGCCUGUAAUUUGAUAUCGAGUAAUGGAUUGGAGUAGUAUCUGCCGCUGGCCACGCGAUGGCUACUAAGAUAUGUUAAACGUUGUUGCCUAUUCCUCAAAAUGGUCCGGAUACCACCAUGUUCGCUGCCAGCCUAACCGCUACAUUGGACUGGAAAUAACGAAGCCCAGCGCGAUAUUUGCCUAAACAUGUCCUGGUACGUGCAUGUAAAAUUUCCGGGCAGAUCACAUCAAGGGCGAGAAAAAGCGGAUGUAGCGAUGUUACUGCUACAUUCCUGAACCUUUUUUGUUUAUAGUGUUUUGUGUAUUUCGGAAACGUAUUCGGAAAAUGUUUUUCAUGUGAACCUUUAACAUCAUUUGAAACUGUGCUGUGAAUAAUUCCGUCGUUCAGUGGAAAACCAUACAAAAACCAAAGGAGGGAACGUCAUCACAAUCAAACGCUGGGUGGGGAGACGACGAAAACAUCGACGGGAAAACAGCAGAUUUUCCCCAGGGAGUAUCAAAUUAAAAAUGUUCAUAUUUGCUGCCCUGCUAGCUGUACAUGUUGGUCUUGCUGGAACGAUUCCCACAGCUCCCGAAAACAUCACGGUAACAUUCAUCAAUCCCCAGUCAGUUCGUGUAUCGUGGCAGAUUGCGGCCAACUUUCUCAGGAAGCCAAUCGAGAAGUACAUUGUGACUUUUAAACCGACAAACGACAGUUACAGGGUUGUUCAGCAGGUGGCUGGCCACAGUGAGGCUGUCGUCCUCGAUCAUCUUCUGCCAAAUACACAGUACCAGCUAACCGUCACAGCAGUCGUAAGCGGACAUAGAUACAAGAGCCGACAGGUUAUUUUUAAGACUUUAGAGUUAUCGAAGGGUGGAAGUGGAGAUUCAAUGGCACCGCAUAGUGGCCAUAAUUUUGGAGAUUUCAGUGAUAGUGCGUUUACAACGACAACAGGUUCACCUCCAAAUGCAACCACACGUGAACUUCCAACGAUACGAGGUGUCGAAGUAGGAAUCGUAGUUCUAGUAUUAAUUGUUUGGGCCGGCGCUAUAGCAUUAUUUUUCAAUCGAUGGGGUAAAAUCCGUAUGCUACUUCCAUAUCAACCCGACUACAAACAGGAGCAACUGAAAGUGCCCGGGACUGGAGUCUGUACAGGGAGCGCGUGCAAUGGCCAACAUUCGCAUCAGACCCUCCUUCAUAGUGACAUGAUAAUUCAGUGUCUGCCUGCAUGUGAGAGUUGCGGUCUUCUGGAUCGUUGUUUCCAAUGCCCCCGACGACAGGAUCGAGAUUGUGGCUGCCAAUUCGCACUAUUGCACAGAGCCGAAGUGGACAGCUAGCAACCAGAGAAUGAUGAUGGUGGUCAAGCGGAUAACAAUAAGGAUGAUCACCAUCAUCAGCGAUUAAUGUCACUCCAAGAAGGACACCAACAACAAUCAACAGAAACUGGAGAUCCUGAAGAGGAGGCGGAUGUCUUUGCGGAAAAAGAGGCCAAAGAAUUGAUACAGCGGCGACGAAGGCUUUUUAGUCAUCAUCGACAGUAUGAGGCAUGGCGGAAAAAGCAGUUCAGCUAUGAUAGCACUUACUACUACCGCCCGGUGACCAGUGCUGCCCGCCGACGCCGUCAAUACCAUCGGCAAUUUUCAUGCCGGGAACGAAGCGAAAGUAGUAAAGACAGUCGUGAGUCCAAAUACCGCAGCAGUGUGGAACGAAACAGUGAGAGUAGCCUCGAGGAUGCCGAGUCAGUUAGUAGCCGUCGCCAAAUUACCCAAGGCUACAUUGAACUUUUGCAAAAGAUACAAGACGACUUUGUCGACGAAGAAAACACAAACGAGAGCUGCACAUGUGAAUGUGAAGGGAGCGACGUUGGUAGCCUAGUCAAUCCUCAAGCGAAACCUCGAGGUAUAGUCUCUACUAGGAGUACUUUCAGGAACAAGCGAAGAGCAGAUACGAGCACCAAAACUCAGCACUUCCACUACUUAGACGAACCUUCAACAACAAUUUCAGAAAGAUGUACCCGUAAUCGAAUAAACUCUGCAAUUUUUGUUUCGUCGGAGGGACGAGGAUUCGAUUCAAUAGAGUUCCUUCGGAGACAUGGAUCACAAAGUGUUCUGUGUCGAAAAGCUAGAAGUGCCGAAAAUAUCAGUGAUGAAGAUAGAAAGCGCCGCUUUUCCGAUAAUCAACAAUGGUGCACGGAGGAUAGUAGUCACCAAAGCGAAACAAUUGAAUUAGUCGAGUGCCAUACAACUCCAUCCAUGAAACCAAUAAUAGGAACAGCGUCGAUAGCUGUCACUACCCCGUCCAAGAUUGCCGCAACGGCAAGUGCUAUAGCGACUGCUAUAAAUCGGGCUAAUAACAUUGUAGGUAGUAUAUCGAUAGAAACGCCGCCAGCUGACAUACUCCAAAAGGUGCAACAAUCGACUCAGCAACCCCCAGUGCAAACGCAGCCGCAGCCGCCACAACAUCAGAACACCACAUCAUCUACAGGAAGUCAGCAUCCGUCAUCGUCACCUCCUAGUAAUAGUCCCAUUAGAUUAAGCCUUAAAACUGCAACAAAACAACCAUUGACCAAUUUGCCAACUCUUUCGAUAUCACAGCCAUCACCCCCGGCCGAGGGGGAGUUCUUGUAACAUAUAGCCUACGAAACGUUCAUUUAAACUAGUUAGCUCGUCUAAAUAGGGGUUCUUUGUAAAUUCUUCGGCACAAUUAAACAAAAGAAAAGGGCUAACUGCAUCCAGGGGACGCGAAGGAACGCAAGUUUGUUCAUAUUCAAGAACUACGAAAUCGUGUGCUUUUUCUAUACUUUUUUAAAGGAAUGUGACAAACUUGGAUCGUGAGUGUGUUGAUACACUUUCAAUAGAGCACCUAAUUCCCUGUAAUAUAAAAGUUGCAACGUAUGUCGGUCUAAUUAAGUCCGUCUAUAUGGUUUAUCCUAUCAGCCAAUUAUCCUAUUAUAUAGCAAAACCAGCUGAACCAAUUUCAUUGUAAUUUCGAGACAACGAAUUCCAUAUCAGUUUCAAGACUUCCGCAAUGCAACUUUGUUCGCUACAAAUACAUACCAGCACACGCAGCAUCAACAAAUCAAGCACAACAACCCUCUCAAUGAAGAACACUUCAGAACAUAACGACUAUUAAGACGGAUUCAAAACGUAAAUAUUUUUUAAUUUUAUUAUAUAUAUGUACAUUAUACAUACGUGUUUUCGCUCAGUUAACUAUAUUUGUAUACAUACAUGCAUAUAUCGAACAGUAUUUUCAUUAACACUAGGAGAUUUUAAAUAGUAAAUAUAUUCGCGUAUGAAACCAAUAUGAAUAACCAAAUGACCAUGUCAAUUUUACCUAAAACAAAAACAACUAAAAAUAAAUUUAACUACAAAUGUAACGAAAACCAAAGCAGUAGGCAGAAGAGAGGUGAAAUCUACUGCCUACAGUUGCUUACAGCGUUAGAUAGGUGUUUUUAUGAUUUGCAAGGAACGAAAUGAAAAUGUGGAAAAAACUAUGUAGUCAAACAAAUCCAAAAACAAGUAAAAAAUAAAUAAAUUAGAACCUACCAAAGACUUAUCUAAAUAUCUAAUGCAAUGAGAUAUAAAUGAAAAAUCAUAAAUUUAGGUAAAAUUCUAAGAUACGGACGCGCGAACUUGAGGUGUGUCUACAAUAAAACUAGAGCUUGAAUGAAAAUGAGCGAUUUCGUGGGAACAGAUGAUUAUUUAACACUUAAUUCGUUAACGUAAAACACAUGUAAAUACUUACUUGGUCCUAAGCUUUAUCAGUAAAUUUCUAUUUGUAACAUACAUGCCAUAUGGGGUUAAAACCAUAACUACAAGCAAUUGGUUAUGUUGACUUUCCGAUUUAAUCGGGCUCCUUUGAUAACUAGUACUGGCAUGCCAAGAGAAAGGUUGCAAUUCAUACGGCGAUAUUAUAGUGAAUUUCCAGGAAUAAAAUAUUCUACCCUUCCAUAUACACAAUACAUGGUUAUAAUUAAUAUUUCCAGGGAUGAAUAUGUGCAGUUUGAUUUUAACACCUACAUUGAGACCCUAGCAUUCAUUAGCUCACUGAUUUCUGGUGACAGUUUUUUGUCUUGUCUGAUUUGGCGUACUUAAAUUAUCAAAUUAAAAGGCAUACUCAGAUAUUGACCAGCGAGUACGGUUUGUACAGAGAUAUUGGUAAU